UUAAGAAUCUGCUUGGAUUUGAAAUGUCGCAGCUGUUCAAUUUUUUAAGUUGAUUUUAACUUUAUUUUUGUAAAUGAGAUCUUUUCUUUCCAUCAGUUAAGUUUUUAUCUUACUUUACUUUUUACUCAAGUUGACCUUUUAUGUAAAAAUUUAAGGGAUAAAAUCCAAAAAGUGACAAUUUUUAUUGGAUUUGCAUUGUUUGCUAUGGAAUCUACUGUUUCGGUUUCAAAGGGUGUAUUUUUGUUUCCGAAUGGAUUUAAAAGAACAAAAAAAUAUAAAAAGAAACUUAAAUGUAAUCUCAAUGAAUGUUUAUCUAAGGACCCUUGGUAUGAAACAUUUAAACGUAACUGGGAAUUGAUUGAAAGUCAACUUAAGGAACUUCAUGAACAAACAUAUAGUGUUUUACUGAAUGAUAUUGUAAACUAUGUAAAAUUGAUAAAUCAAGAAUAUGAAUAUGAUACAUUGGAAGGGAUUAUAUCUAGUGCCACAUUACUGACUGGGGUCAACCAACCCGACCAUGUGAAUCAAUUUUUAGCCCUCAUAAACAAAAUAAGUGAAGAGGUGACACCACAUGUUGCCAUGAUCAAUUCUCAAGAUGCUCAAACAGUAAAACAUUUAGUUGAAAAUACUGUGUGGCAGUUGAUACAUGGACAAGAUGUGCUGGAUAAUUCUGCUGAUGAAGGCUUCGAUAAUGAUAUACCACAAUUUAAAAUAAAGAAAAAUCAAUGUACAGUAAAAACUCUGCUUAAUUGGUAUGAAGCAAAAUACAAGAAACACUCACCAAAGAAACAAAAGUGUGCCAAUUUAAAGAAAGCCUUGGUAAUAAUAAUACCUGACUUUGAAAGCUUUAAUUGUAAUGUGUUACAAGAUUUUGUAAUGAUUAUUAGUUCUUAUGUGCAGUUUCUGCCAAUAGUGUUAAUAUUUGGAGUAGCAACAUCAGUUUCAGCACUGCAUAAGUCAUUUCCGUACCAUGUCUCAUCAAAGCUGUUAAUAAAAGUAUUUCAUUCACAUCCUUCACAUGUUUACAUGAAUCAAGUUUUAGAAAAAAUAUUUUUAACUCAUACAAAUCCAUUUCACUUAAGUGGAAAAGCAUUUGAACUAAUGACAGAUGUAUUUCUUUUUUAUGACUUCUCUGUUACAGGCAUAAUUCAGAGCAUUAAGUACUGUAUGAUUGAUCAUUACUUUGGAGAUAAUAUAAAAUCAUUGUGUUGUCCUCGUGACAAAAUUGAAGAGGCUGUCAAUAAUCUGACGAUUUAUGAUUUAGAAAAUAUAAGACAGUUACUAUCCUUCCGUCCAUUCUUAGAAGUACAGGAUUGUGAGACAAAAAUUGGUCUAUUUAAAGACGACGACUUUUUUAGAGAAGUUUUAACCAAAGAACUGUAUAAGCUUCAUGACUAUAUACACAGUUUUUAUUUAUGUAUAAGAUUACUGUCUGUGUUUGUUAAGGAUCUACCAAAGAAUACACUUGGAAAAACUGUUCGAGAAUUAUAUAUAAAAUGUUCCAUGGAAAGUGUAACAAAUAAUGCACAAUCAUAUAGAGAUGCAAUACAGCUAUUGAAAUUUCAGUCUCAAAUGCAAUUGAUAGAGAGUAUAAAAAAUGCAUUGAAAGAAAUUAAUUCAUUCUUACAAGCAGACACCCUGGUGAAACCUCUACGUUCUACUCCGUCUAAAAAUAAUUUACACAAUAUUUCUCUCAAAAAUGAUCUUGGACUAGAUUUUGCUAAAACAAUUAGGAUUCAUUUAUUAACUUUCUUGAGGCAAUUAGAGAACGCCAGCAACGAAACCUCAGUAUUAACUAAUACAGUUAUGGACACAGAAAAUGACGUAGAAAAUGUUAACUUACUAGGAAAUAGAUAUAAAUUAAAGGAGAAGUUGUUAAAAGCCACAAGAGUCGAGAAAAUCCAGUCCGAAUACGAAAUGAUACGGUUGAGAUUUGUGAGUUACUUGGAAGAAGUAUUUACUAAAGGCUUGCAACCGCCACACACGCAAACAUUCCACGAAAUUAUGUUCUUUAGUGACGUGUCUAGUGUUAAGAAGCAGAUAGUGGGAUCUCCCCGCGGCGCGAUACACACGGCCCUGAGCAACCCGAUACAUUACUUACAGUGUUCUUGUUGCCGUUUAGAUUCAACAGAAAGCAUUUCGGAUUCGCUGCCCGAUGUGUGUAUAGCGUACAAAUUGCAUCGUGAAUGUGGCAAACAUAUAAAUUUAUACGAUUGGUUGCAAGCCUUCGCUGCGGUUGUUUCACCUGACGAGGACGACGAAUGUCGCUAUCAGGACAUUACCAUUCAAGUUCGAUUUACACGAGCCGUAUCGGAGCUACAGUUUCUUGGUUUUAUAAAAACAUCUAAAAGGAAGACUGACCACGUUAUGCGUCUGACUUGGUGAAUUUUGUAAAUUCAAUGUCAAAAAAAAAAGAUUAUUUUCAACUUAAAUGUGUAAAGUUAUCUGAAUGAGUUUCAAUAAAGCCUUUUUUUGUGA